CCGGACCAUGACUGCCGAGGGACCCAGCCCGCCUGCCCGUUGGCGCAGCCGCCUGCCCGGGCUCUGGGCGGCGGCGCUGCUCCUGCUCGGUCUGCCGCGCCUUUCGGUGCGGGCGGAUGGAAAGCUCUUUGUGCUGGAGUCUCAGAAUGGCUCUCAGGGCCUAGAACUGGAGGCUGCUCGGCUUUCCUGCAAGAGCAGGGGUGCUCACCUGGUGUCUGCAGACGAGCUGCGGAGAGUGGUACAGGAUUGCUCCUUUGCGGUGUGUGCCACUGGCUGGUUAGCAGAUGGCACUCUAGGAACAACCAUGUGUAGCAAAGGAAGUGGAGAACAGCAAAUCAUGAGAGCUGUCGAUGUGCGAAUUGAGAGCAACCCAGUUCCUGGUGGCACAUACAGUGCCCUUUGUAUUAAGGAUGAAGAGAAGCCCUGUGGAGACCCGCCUUCGUUCCCACACACCAUCCUGCAGGGUCGCACCGGCUUGGAGAUGGGGGAUGAGCUGCUGUACGUGUGCGCCCCAGGCCACAUCACGGGCCACCGGGAGACCGCCUUCACCUUGCUAUGUAACAGCUGUGGGGAGUGGUAUGGCCUGGUGCAGGCCUGCGGGAAAGAUGAGGCUGAGGCACACAUUGACUAUGAAGAUAACUUCCCUGAUGACAGAUCUGUGUCAUUCAGAGAGCUCAUGGAGGAUUCCCGGACAGAGGCAGAAGAGGACAGAAGUCAGGGAGACUCGUCUGAGGAGGCUCCAAAACAGGACCAUCUGGUCUCCAUUUCUGUGGGGAGAGAAAACAUAGCCCAGGAUAAAGGCUUUGUGCCAACCACAGGCUUGCCUGGCGCUGGGAGCAGUGUCUUUGCAGACUCGCCAGGAUCGCGGCUGCUCCAGAAGCACUUGUUCUGGUUUCCUGCUGAGGCUUUCCACAAGCCUGGGUUGGAAAAGGAGGUGGAUGAUGACACCAAAAAGCAGUUUUCUGCUGGAGACAACCACAGUGGUGUAAAAUUGGUCCCAGGUGAACCUGAAACUAAGGUGAUCUAUGACAACACUGAUGGUCCCUUGGGGCCAUUUAUGGGCAAGAAUGAUAGCAAGGCAGGGGAUCCAGUGGUGAGCAGCAGUGAUGAGUCCUGGUUAGAUGGCUACCCUGUGACAGAUGGGGCUUGGAGGAAGACAGAGGAAGAAGAUGGGGACAAAGGGGAUGGGUCAGUAGGACUAGAAGAAAACAUCCUACUUACUCCUGAUCAGCCCAUUCUUGUGGAAGUUAAGAAGCCCUGGAGUAGCACCCUCACACCAAGCGAGGGCAUGACCCAUAGUUCAGUUCUUCCAUCUCAAAUGCUAGAUGUGGAAGCUUUGGCGCUCAGACCCGUGAGUGUGUCCGAGACUGAGGGCAAUGGGGAUGGUGACUUGACCAAGUACCAGUCAACUCUACCCUGGAGAUUCACCACAGAGGAGUCUUCGAUGGCCACCCUGCCCUAUGAGCUCACCAGCUCCACCCUGGAGAUAUUAACAGCGACCACUGUCAAGCAGACACCUAACCACAUCCCCUCAACGAUCAUGGCAACCACCCAGCCUCCAGGAGAAACCACUGCUCCUGAGAUCCAGGACAGCUUCCCAUACCUGCUGUCUGAAGACUUCUUUGGACAGGAAGGCCCUGGGCCGGGUACAAGCGAGGAGCUUCAUCCCACCUUGGAGUCAUGUGUGGGGGGCAGAUGUCCUGGCCUCAGCAGAGGCCCUGUGAUCGCCACCAUUGUCACCAUCCUGUGCCUACUGCUGCUCCUGGCAGGUGUGGGGAUGGUGUGGGGCUACCGCAAGUACCAGCACAAGAGCUCCGUGUACAAGCUGAAUGUUGGCCAGCGGCAGGCUCGGCACUACCACCAGCAGAUCGAGAUGGAGAAGGUCUAGGCACCUUCGGAGUGGGUUCUCCCAAAGCCACUUGGGAGG